AUGGCAACUGAUACUAGUUUAGAUGAGCUAACGCAGAUCAUCCACGGAAAAAAGGGCUUUAUAUAUAUACAGCAGCCUCUAAUAAUUAAAUUCUGCUCUGAAAGAUCAGCAGAUAACUCAUACUGCUACUUCCACCCCAGGGAUGCGGUCGUAGGUGUAUGCGCUGUGUGUUUGAAGGAGAGGCUUCUCAUAUUAUUAGCCUCUAAACAAGGCCAACUUUCCACGAACAAAGUCGACGCUCAGAGAAGGUCCUGUAGAGCCUUAUUAUUAAGGAGGAGAUCCGGCAUCAGCCUACCCAAAGUGUUCGCCUUGGGCUCCCUCCUGCAUCGCCUCGACCUGCGACGGCCUCGACCCGGCGACGACUCCGACGACCCAGAGUCCAUCGCGAGCCUGGAAGAUUCAUUCAUUUCGAUCAAGUUCGAGGACAAUGGGAAUGCUCGGUGGGAUAACAAGAAGCCGCCGUCGACGACGAUCGUCAGGCCUUCUUCGAACGUCGACGGCGGCACAACCUCCUCUGGGGGAAAGGGGGAGAUCGAGGCAGGAAUUCGGAGCAUCGUGGAGCGCGCGAAGAAGGGAGGCGUGCUGAGGUGGAGGAAGCGGAUUGGCCACCUGCUCCAGCUGGCGCGGUGGAAGAGGUCCAGCAAGGCGACCGCCUGCCACGCGGGACUCGCCGGCGGUAGUACAAGUGCGAAGAUCAUGGAAGGAGGAUCAGUACCGAAGGGGAGGAGGUUAAGGUCGGAUAAGGACUCUAACCAGGAUCAGGACCACCGCCACCGUCACCACCGCCGCCACCACAAAUGACCACUAGAUUAAUUAAUGAGGUGUGGAGGUAAUUGAAGGGUCUCUUUCUCUCCCAAUUGAUGAAUUGUCACUGUUUUGGUGCCAGUGACGCGUAAUUAAGUUGGUGUGCUGUACAUACAUGGAUGUUUUAAUUUGUGCUUGUUGGAAUGGUACCAAAAAAAGAAAAGAAAAAAAAGAGAGAUUGACACUGUAUAAUGCUGUCCAUAGUAAGUUCUAUCGUUUGUUUUGACGAUUGUGAGUCUACUUGAGAAAUCGGAGGUUCUUUGAGAAAAUGGCCUCUCUGCCAUAUUUUUCUAUUAAAAUAUUUUUAUUCUUCUUCUA